GUCCACCUCCCCCCUUCCGGUGCCUUCCGGUCGCGAGCUGCCGAGCGCUGUCUCGUGUCGCGUCGCGUCGCCAUGGCCCUUUCCCUGAGCCUCUUGUUUCCUCGCGUCCGCGCCGCUGUCGCUCGCUGUGGGUUCGCGAGCCGGGGCAUGGCGGGCCCGGGUUCCGCCGGCCACGAGCCGGACUCGGAUUCCGACUGGGAGCCGGAGGAGCGGGCGCUCCAGGAGGUGGAGAGCACUCUGAAACGACAGAAAAAAGCGAUGCGAUGGCAGAAAAUUCGAAGGCAAAUGGAGGCUCCCGGUGCUCCACCCAGAACAUUAACGUGGGAAGCCAUGGAGCAGAUCCGGUAUUUACAUAAGGAAUUUGCAGAGUCCUGGUCUGUUCCCAGGUUGGCAGAAGGCUUUAACGUCAGCACGGAUGUUAUCCGAAGGGUUUUAAAAAGUAAGUUUGUACCUACUUUAGAGAAGAAACUGAAGCAGGAUCAAAAGGUCUUGAAAAAAGCUGGGUUUACCCAAGUGGCUUUGCCACUCCCCAUCUCUGAAAAUGCCUUGAAGCCCCUCAGUGCAGGCCAUUCUGUAUCUGGCUCUCUGCUGAUGCCAGGGGAGGGAGUCCCAUCUAAAAGUCAGGAUCACAGCACAGCUUUGAAAGUCGUGGAGUCAAACACUCACAGUCCAGGUGCACAGAGGAGACAAGAAGAAAGGAGAAAAAGAAUCCAAGGCUUGGAAGAAAGCUUGGUGCCUACCACCGCAGCCUUGGGUCAUCAGAGAGAGCUGCACAGAUAUACUCCCCGUGAUUCUGAGGCCGCCAGAAGAGCUGACGACAACAGAUUGCCAAGUGUUGAGAAGCUGGAGGAGUUGAAGGCUGGGGAGCCAGGUGACCAGAACUUCAGCAGCGAAGUAGUACAGAGGGGCCGUGAGUUCUUUGACAGCAAUGGAAACUUCCUUUACAGAAUUUGAGCCUGGGGCUGGCUUUUGGAGCUGCCUUGAUACAGCGGGGCAAGUAGACUUGAAGCUGCCAGCGUUUCUGCACACAUUGGCCACUUUGGCAUAAGAAUUGACGAGGCUAGGAUACAGGUGGAGGAGCUACUUGGCUAGAGUCAAGAUCCAUCAGUAAGACCCAUCAGAGCUCUGUGGGUUUAAGUAUUCAUCCUUGUUGCUUGGUCUCUGUUGAGAACAAGAACUAGAUGUGUUGUCAUGAGUCUGUGAUACUGUGUGGGAGGACAUUUUAAAGUUUGUCCCCAAUCUCAGUUUCUUUUCUUUUUUUUUUUUUGAGACAAAGCUUCUUGGUGUAGCCCUGGCUGUCCAGGAACUUUCUGUAUAGACCAGGCUAGCCUUAAACUCACAGAGAUCUGCCUGCCUCUUUCUCCCAAGCACUGGGCUUGAAGGGGUAUGCCACCACUCCUGGCUUUCUUCUUGAUCACUAAAUGCUAUUCUUGAACUGUUCAAUGGAUUGGUCUCCUUAUAUGAGAAAUAAAGUAAAAUAUAGCAGUU